AUGUCGUUGGUCGUAGUGAUGAUCAAUGAUCAAAGACCCAAUAAGUAUCUCCUUGUCUUAUUUGUGUUGUUUCUUUUGAGCAUGAAAUGGGUUGGCCCUGGUUUCAGUUCAGGAGCUGGAGAUACCAACUUCAUCCGGUGCAGGGAGAGUGAGAGACAAGAACUCCUGACUUUCAGACAAGGCCUCGUAGAUAAUCGUGGUCGUCUCUCUUCUUGGGAGAGGGAAGAAGAUAAGAAUGACUGUUGCAAAUGGAGAGGAGUUUGGUGUAGCAACCGAACUGGUCAUGUGAUCAAGCUUGAUCUUGGCGGUCCAUCUUUCGGGCCUCAUCGUUCUGGUCUUUCGGAUAAGCUCAGUCCUUCGCUGCUUGAAUUGAAUCACUUGGAAUCACUUGGAAAUCUAUCCAAGUUGCAUCAUCUUCAUCUUGGAAGUUUUCGUUACCACAUGAAGGCUGAGAAUCUAGACUUGUUGCUUCAUCUAUCGUCUUUGACACAUCUUGAGAUGAGCAGUGUAGACCUUAGUGGAGCUAUUUAUUGGGUAGACAUAAUUAAGAGGCUCCCUUCCUUGUCAGUCUUGCUUUUGCGGGAGUGUAACCUCUUCAGUGUCACCUCUCCGUCGAUUUCCUUUGUUAACACUUCUGCAUCUAUUUCUACCCUUGAUCUUUCAUAUAACAGUUUGGAUUCCACAAUGUUUAGGUGGUUGUUCAACUUAAGUAGUACCCUUUUUGAACUUAGACUUGGUGCAAACCAGUUAACAGGAUCAAUUCCAGACGCUUUCAGGCACAUGACUUCCCUUCAAUACCUUCAAAGUUUAGAUCUGUCUGGGAAUAUGUUCAGUGGAAAACCUUCGAAGUUGUUACACAACUUGCGUGGAAGCAACCUUGUUGAACUUCGACUUGCUGCAAACCAGUUAGAAGGUCCAAUUCAAGACGCUUUCGAGAACAUGACUUCUCUUACCAAUCUUGAUCUUUCUUUUAAUCAACUUGAAGGUGUGAUUCCGAAGUCCUUAGGAAAUCUCUGUAAUCUUCAAAGCCUAGAUUUAUCAAUCAAUUUUUUCAGUGGGAAUCUUCCACAUUUCUUACACAACUUGUUUGGAUGUGCUGAGGAUAUAUUAGAGUCCUCGUUCUUAAAUGAAAACCAACUUACAGGUCCAUUGCCAGAUAUUGAAGGUCCAAUUCCAUCAGAAGGCUACCCAGUAGCUGAAUCUACUAUCCAGUAA